UUUUUUUUUUUUUUUUUUAUUUCUCCUUCCUUUCUUUUAGUUGCUCCAAAGCAUUUCAUUCCCAGCAGAGCCUAGGGUUAGGGGGUGUGGAUUCAAGCUUUCCUUUAAUCCAAGAUUCAGCUUUUCCCACCUGUGUCAAAUGCCGCCAUUUCUUUACUCUCUGUAUAGAACACAGACACGCUUCUCUUUUUAAUCAAUUCCUCUUCUCCAAAAUUUCAGAUCAUAAGAAAUCUUCAUUUUACAAAAGAUUUUAGGUUAUUAUAUUUCUUUUUGACAAAAAGAAAAAAGAAAAUCUGAUGGAUAAGAAAAGGGUGGCGGUUCCACUUGUGUGCCAUGGUCAUUCUCGCCCAGUCGUCGAUCUGUUUUACAGUCCAAUCACUCCUGAUGGUUUCUUCCUCAUAAGUGCUAGCAAGGAUUCUAGUCCAAUGCUUAGAAAUGGAGAGACCGGAGAUUGGAUUGGAACUUUUGAAGGACAUAAGGGUGCGGUGUGGAGUUGCUGCUUGGAUACUAAUGCUUUACGUGCUGCUUCUGGUUCUGCUGACUUUACUGCGAAAGUCUGGGAUGCAUUAACAGGGGAUGAACUGCAUUCAUUUGAACACAAGCACAUUGUGCGAGCUUCUGCAUUCUCAGAGGAUACUCAUCUUCUGCUCACUGGAGGAGUAGAAAAAGUCCUUCGCAUUUUUGAUUUGAAUCGUCCAGAUGCUCCUCCAAGAGAAGUUGAUAAGUCUCCUGGCUCAAUCAGAACUGUUGCAUGGCUUCACAGUGAUCAGACAAUACUGAGUUCUUGCUCUGAUAUGGGGGGUGUGAGACUCUGGGAUGUUAGAAGCGGCAAGAUAGUGCAAACGCUUGAGACUAAAUCAUCUGUGACCAGUGCUGAAGUGAGUCAAGACGGUCGAUAUAUAACAACUUGUGAUGGUUCUACUGUAAAGUUUUGGGAUGCAAACCAUUUUGGGUUGGUGAAGAGCUACAACAUGCCUUGCACUGUAGAAUCAGCUUCUUUGGAACCCAAGUAUGGGAACAAGUUCAUUGCUGGAGGAGAAGAUAUGUGGAUUCAUGUGUAUGAUUUUCAUACUGGCAAUGAGAUAGCGUGCAAUAAGGGUCACCAUGGUCCUGUACACUGUGUGCGCUUCUCGCCAGGAGGGGAAUCAUAUGCCUCAGGUUCUGAGGAUGGAACCAUAAGGAUAUGGCAGACAGGCCCUUUGACUCAUGAUGACAGGGAGGGGCUCACAGCAAAUGGAUUAGUUGAAAAGGUGAAGGUAACUGCAGAUGAAGUUUCACGAAAAAUUGAGGGCUUCCACAUUUCAGACGAUGGGAAGGCCAAUGACAAGGAAGAAGCCGGAACAGAUUGAUGAACAAAAAAAGAUUUCUUCUUUUCUUGUUUUUUUGGGUUGUGGGAUAGGUUGGUAUUGCAAGAGGCCGAGGUAUAGGAUUAGCCUCAUAUAUAGGAUUUAAGACCACCUAAUUCUUGUACAAGCUUUAGCCAGUAAUGCAUUAAAUAGAUAGAACGGACCUAUACAUGUUUUGCAGCCUACCUACCUUCAUAAUCGAUCCCUCAAAACUUCUUAAAGUCUUUACUAUCUGCAUUGUGGUUGAUGGUGAAUCUGUGUACAUGUUUUGACUCCCAAGUUUAUUUUUCUUCUGUGAGCUAUGAGGAACUAGUCCUGGAAAAUAUUUUGAUGGAUGUGGAAAUGCUCUAAUGAUCAAAUAAAUUUUUCCUCCAGUUCUUUCUUUUCAAGGAUUUGGAGGAAGCUUUCA